AUGUGCGGCAUCUUUGGCUACUGCAACUUCUUGAAGGAAAAGGACCGCAAGGAGAUCCUGGAGAUUCUUUGCACAGGUCUGGCCCGACAGGAGUACCGCGGUUAUGAUUCGGCUGGCCUUGGUAUCGAUGGCGACAAGCCCGGCGAAAUUGUUUACUUCAAAGAGGUCGGCAAGGUGGCUGGCUUGCGGAAUCGCAUCGCAUCGUCUACCAUCGACACCACGAAGACAGUGAUUUCCCAGGUCUCUAUCGCCCACACCCGUUGGGCAACACACGGUCCUCCCUCAAUUAUUAAUUGUCAUCCCGUUCGGUCUGAUGUCAACAAUGAGUUCCUUAUUGUACACAACGGUAUCGUGACCAACGCCGUUGCUCUUCGGCAAGUCCUGCAGAAGCGUGGAUUCAAGUUCGAGUCCGAAACUGACACGGAGGCGGUUGCCAUCCUAACAAAAUACGUCUAUGACUCUCGGCCAGACAAGCGCAUGACCUUCACAUCUCUCGUGAAGACAGUCCUGAAAGAGCUUGAGGGUUCAUUCGCCUUCGUCUUCAAGUCUAUCCACUUCCCUAACGAGAUCGUGACUGCCCGCCGCGGUUCGCCUCUCUUGAUUGGUGUUAAGACUGAGAAGAAGCUCAAAGUCGACUUCGUCGAUGUCGAGUUUGCUGGAGCCGAAGCUGACAGCAAGACUGUGGAAACUCUUGCUCCCACUUCUCCCACAGCUCGAUUGGCACCUCCAUCUGUACCCAAUUUGACCCGUCGUCAGAUGGCCUUGCCCCAGCCCAUCGAAUUCUUCAUCGCCUCUGACGCUUCCGCCAUUGUGGAGCACACCAAGCGUGUCCUCUAUUUGGAAGAUGAUGACAUUGCUCACAUCGCUGAGGGUCAGCUACACAUUCACCGUCUGCGCCGGGAUGAGUCUGGCAAGGCCGAGUCACCCGCCAUUCGCAACAUCGAGACGCUCGAGAUUGAGAUCGCUGAGAUUAUGAAGGGGAAGUUCGAUCACUUCAUGCAGAAAGAGAUUUACGAACAGCCCGAGUCCGUUGUCAACACGAUGCGUGGACGCGUGAACUUCGAUGAUCGCAAGAUCACGCUCGGUGGGCUGCGUGCCUAUCUCCACAUUAUGCGUCGCUGUCGCCGUAUUGUCUUCUGCGCUUGCGGAACGAGCUAUCACUCUGCGUUGGCAACUCGUGCGAUCUUUGAGGAGUUGACGGAAAUCCCCGUCAGCGUAGAACUCGCAUCCGACUUCCUGGACAGGAAGACUCCUAUCUUCCGCGACGACGUCUGUGUCUUUGUCAGCCAGAGUGGAGAGACCGCUGAUACGAUCCUGGCAUUGCGGUACUGCUUGGAGCGUGGCGCCCUCUGUCUGGGCGUCGUGAAUACUGUCGGUUCGACGAUCUCCCGUGAAACACACUGUGGUAUUCACAUCAAUGCUGGCCCUGAGGUUGGCGUGGCGUCCACCAAGGCAUACACCUCCCAGUACAUUGCAUUAAUGUUGAUGGCGCUGCAGCUAUCAGAGGAUCGGAUCUCCUUCACCGAACGCCGCAACCAGAUCAUUGAUGGCCUUCGUGAUCUCCCCGCACAAAUCAAGAGUAUUCUCGAAAGCGACAACAGCUUGCGGGAGCUCGCCAAUGGUGUCCUCGCGAACUCACGCAGCUUGUUGCUGAUGGGUCGUGGAUAUCAGCAUGCCACCUGCCUCGAGGGCGCCCUCAAGAUUAAGGAGAUCAGCUACAUGCAUUCGGAGGGUAUUCUUGCAGGAGAGCUCAAGCACGGUCCUUUGGCGCUGAUUGAUGAGAACAUGCCGGUCAUCAUCAUCAUGACUCAGGAUUCGCUAUACCCCAAGGUUCAGUCCGCGUUCGAACAGAUAACAGCUCGCAAGGCUCAUCCCAUCGUGGUCUGCAACGAGGGUGACACCGGAAUCAGGGCUGGGGUGAAGACCAUUCGUGUUCCCCGCACCAUUGACUGCUUGCAAGGUCUCUUGAACAUUAUCCCCAUGCAGUUAUUGAGCUACCACUUGGCCAUCAAGAACGGGUUUGACGUCGACUUUCCUCGUAACUUGGCCAAGUCAGUUACGACCGAGUAA